AUGGUACAAGGAUCAUUAAAAAAGACUGGUGGCGGUCAAAAGAAACAGCCCAGAAAAGCCAAACAAAUGAAGAAAGGAGCUCGAACGAUCGCACCCAAAAAGACAGCACUCGUCACUCAAAAGACCCUCGAAAAGAAGCUGUCAGCCAAAAUCAACAACAACAUUGAACGUGAAAUGUCCAUGAAAGCUAAUGCCGUUGGCAAACUUACGGUUAUGAAGAAGCUGGCAGAGACCUCGAUCGCUGAAGCAAAGAAAAACAGCAAGAAGGGCAAGAAAUAA